AUUGGCACCUGCUGUAGCAGAGGUUAGGCGGCAGAUGGCUUGUAACCCGGCUCUCAGCGGGAUGCGUGGAACUUCUUCUCGUGCCGUUGGAUUUUGGCUGCGUUUGCAACGAGAGUAAGACUCGGUGGAGCGAAGAGUCACAAAAGAUGGUGUCGCCGCAGACCUCGGGGGACGAAGUUUGGGCCCCAGACGGGGAGCGAGACGACGUGGACGAGUGCUGGAUCGACGAGAACUUCCUCCCCAACGUCAUGCCGCCCGUGCUCAUCCUCGAGUUCAUCCUUGGUCUGCUGGGCAACGGUUUCACCAUCUGGGUGACGUGGUGGCACGUCAAGGUGUGGACCAGCUACACCAUCUACCUCUUCAACCUGGCCCUCACCGACCUCCUCUUCGUCGUGCAGCUGCCGCUGAGGGUGCACUACCACAUGCGGCUCAACGACUGGGUCCUGGGCGAGUUCAUGUGCGACAUGGUGGUCUUCUUCUUCUAUGCCAACAUGUACGGCAGCAUCUACUUUCUCACGUGCAUCAGCGUGGAGCGCUGGCAGGUAAUCGAGCGCCCCCUGCGCUCGCUGAGCCGACGCCGCUCGCUCAUGCGCGCCAAGCUCGUGAGCGUCGCCCUCUGGUUCCUUGCGCUCGUCCCGCAGGCCGGCAUGCCGUUCAUCUUCCACACGUUCGAGCACAAAAACCAGACCCGCUGCCUCAGCUUCAACCAGCCAUGGCUCAUGCGCAACUUCAACGUGUGGAACGCCGUCGAGAUGGUGCUCGGCUUCCUGCUGCCGUUCGGCAUCAUGCUGGUGUUCCACGUGCGCAUCGCGCGCAAGCUGCUCUGCUCCAGCACCAACCCGCGCCUCUUGCAGACGCGCAAGCGAGCCGCCCACUUCAUGAUCGUCAUCCUGCUCAUUUUCGCCAUUUGCUUCAUCCCCGUGCACAUCAUGCGCUCGCUGCUCAUCGCCGUCAAGCUGCUCGUGCCCAAGAACUGCGGCCUGCACCAGAUGGUGGCGCAGGUCUUCUACUGGUGCCUGCUGCUGUCCAGCUGCAACUGCAUUAUGGACCCGCUCAUCCUCUUCCUGUCGGGCGACCGGUUCCGUGUGGCGGCCAGCGAGGUGCUGCGCAAGUUCUGGGGCCCGGCGUGCGCCUGCGAGGAACCGGGCAGGGCGAUGGGCAACAAGUCGGUGGUCAUCGCGGUGCACCUGCACAGCAUCGAGAUCAAGACGGACGACGCCACCUGUAGGGAGAGCACCGGCGGCGUUCAGGAAAAACAGCCGAAGGGCCGGAAGGCGAGGAGGAAGAAGUCGGUCGAUGAGGGAGCAAGGCAGGGCCGGGGGAUGGGGUCGGAGAGAAGCACGGAGUCCGGCAGGGUGGCGAGGGGCGCCGCCUCGAGGGGGGAGCAGAGAGUGGAGAGGAAGGAGGGCUCCGCGGGCCGCACGAAACCAAGGACGGACCAGACGAGCACGUGGCUGACGCAGGACAGGGGGCAAAAGUUGGCCGGAGCGAACGGCGCCACCGCCGUGCUGGGAAACGGAGUGAGGGCGAUGGAAAUAAGGACCAUCGCGGGCGUAGGGUACGGGGAGGAAACUGCGCAUCGUGUUGGCACCGAGAGAAGAAAUGAAGUGGGCGAUAGGGAGAGUUUCCACUUUCACAAAAACACCGAAGUGCCCAGCAAUUGAGAUGGGGGCGGCCAUCGUCGAAGCAGACGAAGCUUUCAGGUUUUUGAUGCGGCGUGGAGAAAAAAAAGGGGGGGAAUUCGUGCCCCCCUUUCUGAACAUUGAGUGGUGAACGCCGAACAUUCAGUUCACAUCUGAUAAAUCACUUUUUUUUAUGCAGUCGAUGUUUUUGUGUGUGUCUAAGUUAUUGGGUUGAACACAUGUAACGAAGAGGAACUGUAAAUGAACAAGCAUGCCAACGAUGCAGCGUGAACUUAUAUAUUGUACGUCGUGUAAAAUGUUUUUUGGUAAUGCAUUUUUUAAGUAUCCCACCGAAGAUGUGAACACGUUGACAAAAGAAACAAUGCCACAUUGGGAAGUCUGAGC